GCGACUGAGCGAUAAAUUUGUGUUGUUGACAUCCGAAUUUCUCCCAGAAAUGGCCAUGUAAAAUCAAAAUAAGUGAUUGUGGUGAACUGAUAUAUUCAAACCAUAUCACUGUGGAUUAAAUAAAUAUAACUUAGGAUUAAAAUAGUGGAUUAUUUCUGAGAAAAUGUCGGAUAAAGUCAAAGUUGCGAUUCGGGUUCGUCCUAUGAAUCGUAGAGAGAAGGACCUGGCAACAAAGUGUUGUGUGGAUAUAGAUAGCAACCAGACAAUUCUUUUUCAUCCAAAUUCUGGGAUUCAUGAACUGAAGAAAGACAAAGAUGGAGACACCCCGCAAUCUUCACAUCAUGCAAACAGAAAGGCACCCAAGAUAUUCGCCUUCGAUCAUUGCUUUUGGUCGAUGGACGACACCAAUCCUAAAUACUCGGGUCAAGAAAAAGUAUUCCACAACCUUGGGGCAGAUAUCCUAGAGCGGGCGUUCGAGGGUUACAAUGCCUGUAUAUUUGCUUAUGGCCAGACCGGUUCUGGCAAGUCGUACACGAUGAUGGGGACCAUGAACGACCAGGGUGUCAUUCCGCGCCUCUGUGACUCGCUAUUCCAACAGGUGGCGUCCCUCGAUAAGGAGGAUCCGGACCUCUCCUGUAAAGUGGAGGUGUCCUAUAUGGAGAUUUAUAACGAGAAAGUCCAUGACUUGUUAGAUCCGAAAGGCGGGAAGCACAACUUACGAGUAAGAGAACACAACAUCCUUGGACCAUACGUCGACGGACUCUCACAACUUGUCGUCACGUCAUUCGAGGACAUCGACACGUUGAUGUCGGAGGGGAACAAAUCGCGUACAGUCGCUGCGACCAACAUGAAUUCGGAGAGCAGUCGAUCGCAUGCUGUCUUCAACAUCAUCCUUACGCAGACAUUGGUCGACAGGGAAAGUUCGGUGACUGGUGAGAAAGUGAGCAAGCUGAGUUUGGUGGAUUUGGCGGGAAGCGAGCGUGCUCAGAAGACUGGUGCUGUGGGGGAGAGGUUGAAGGAAGGGAGCAAUAUAAACAAAUCGUUGACGACUCUUGGGCUUGUUAUCUCGGCCCUUGCCGACCAAUCGGGGAAGAGCAGUAAAAAUAAGUUCGUACCGUAUAGGGACUCUGUGCUCACAUGGCUACUAAAGGACAACCUUGGAGGCAACAGUAAAACUGUCAUGGUUGCCACCCUGAGUCCGGCAGCUGACAACUACGAGGAGACCCUCUCGACAUUGCGAUAUGCCGACCGGGCGAAACGUAUUGUCAAUCACGCCGUGGUCAAUGAAGAUCCCAACGCUCGUAUUAUACGGGAACUUCGGGAGGAGGUCGACAACUUGAAGAAGAAACUCAAUGAGGCUCAGGUGAGGCUGAAGCCCUCGAAAGAUAGUAAACAAAAUGGAGAGAUUGAGGAACGCUUGGAGGAAACGCAGAAACUCUUCAAGGACAUGACCAAGACUUGGGAGGAGAAGCUCACCGAGACAGAACGCAUCCAUGCGGAGCGCCACCAAGCGUUGGAGAAGAUGGGCAUCUCAGUGCAGACGUCGGGCAUCAAGGUCGAACAGGGGCGAUGUUUCCUCGUCAACCUGAACGCAGAUCCUUCACUCAAUGAACUCCUCGUCUACUACUUAAAGGAUCGUACUUUAGUUGGCCGCCCCGAUGCACCUGUCGAGCAGGACAUUCAACUCCAGGGCCUAGGAAUUUGUCCUGAGCAUUGCAUACUUGAGAUCGAUGCCAAUGAUGUCAUUGUGGUACCACUAGAGGGAGCAAGGACAUGUGUGAAUGGUUCCCUGAUCGGGCAGAAAACCAAGGUUCGACAUGGCGACCGGAUCCUCUGGGGAAACAACCACUUCUUUAGAAUCAACUGUCCAAAGGCUAACAGUCCAUCGACAACGGAGCCCCAGCAGCCUGUGGACUAUGACUUUGCCCAGCAGGAGGUUAUGAUGAAGGAGAUGCCCGAUGACCCGAUACAGGAGGCCAUCGUGGCAAUGGAGAAACAACACGAAGAUGAUAAACAAGAGGCCCUUGAGAAACAGCGCCAGAUGUACGAGCGCCAAAUGCAGAUGUUACGCAACCAACUGAUGUCACCGAGCACGCCAUCGCAGCCGUUCCUACCGUUACCACCGUUUGAUUUCAGUAUGAAAUCGCCGGGUUCCAAGAUGCAGGUGAAGUACCAACAGUGGGCACAAGAAAGGGAGAAGCUGUUUUGUCAGAGUCUCGUCCGCCUCAAAGAGGAAGUGGUCAAGGCAAACUGUUUGGUUCGGGAGGCCAACUUCCUUGCACAAGAGAUGGGCAAGAAGACAGAGUUCUCGGUCACGUUACAGAUCCCGGCGGCCAACCUCAGUCCAAAUAGAAAGAGGGGCGCCUUCGUGAGCGAGCCUGCCAUUCUAGUCAAAAGGAAAGACAAGGGUAGCCAGGUGUGGUCGAUGGAGAAGUUUGAGAAUAAGAUCAUCGAUAUGCGGGAGAUGUAUGAAGAGCGCAAGGAGAAGGGGAUCUCAAUGAUGGUAGAGGAAGCAGACGUUCCCGAACGAACGCUUGUCUGGGAAACGUUUUUACAAAAGUUAUUAGACAUGGACGAGGGACCCCCAGCAAAAGGUGACCCUUUCUACGAGUCACAGGAAAACCACAACCUGAUUGGUGUCGCUAACGUGUUCCUCGAGUGUCUGUUUUAUGAUGUCAAACUUGAUUAUCAAGUUCCUAUUAUCAGCCAACAGGGGGAGGUGUCUGGACGUCUUCACAUUGAAGUAUGUCGUGUGGCUGGUUCCAUGCCUGACCGCCAGGGGGAUACAAACUCAGAGAGCGGCGACAGCAAUCGUAGCUAUGACUAUUACGAAGACGAGGGAGUGUCUGUCGGGAAUCAGAUGGUGUGUCGGAUUUCAAUAAAAGAAGCGAAAGGCCUCCCGCCGAUGUUAUCAAACUUUGUCUUCUGUCAGUAUAACUUCUGGGACCACCGUGAUGCAGUAGUUGUGGCCCCCGUAGUUGAUCCCAAUGUCGCACAACUCAAAAAGAACAGUAUGACGUUCAAAUUUGAUCAUCGGAAGGAAUUCAAGGUCUAUGUGACUGAGGAGUUUGUGGAGCAUUGUGCUGAGGGUGCUCUCUCGAUAGAAGUGUGGGGCCAUAGGAGUACAGGGUUUGAUUUCAAUCAAGGUUGGGAGAUGGAAAAUGUACAGGCAAAGUCGAGGUCAUUGCUAGACAGAUGGGGUGAACUUAUCCGUAAAAUUGAACUUUGGACUGAGAUCCAUGAACUUAACGACCAGGGUGAAUACACGCCAGUUGAAGUCUUGACAAAGCCUGAGGUCCUGACAGGCGGGGUCUUCCAGCUCCGGCAAGGCCAUUCACGCCGCAUCUUGGUGCAUGUAAAACCGAUUCAGAAUUCUGGGACCCUGCCGAUCAUUUGUGAGGCGAUCACAUCGAUUUCGGUCGGUUGUAUAUGUGCACGGUCGAAGCUUCAAAAGGGGCUGGAUUCGUACCAGGAGGAGGAUCUGAACACGCUGCGGGAUAAGUGGUCGGAGGCACUCAUGAGACGACGGGAAUAUCUUGACGAACAGAUACAGAAAGUCAUCAAGAAAACAGAUAAAUCUGACUCUGACACCGAGAGAGAGCGUAGUCUCAUCGACCAGUGGGUGUGCCUGACGGAGGAGCGUAAUGCGGUGCUGGUUCCGCAGGCAGGGAGUGGGAUCCCUGGUUCUCCAGCCGACUGGAUCCCUCCUCCUGGCAUGGAGCAACACAACCCUGUGCUGUUCCUGGAUUUGAAUGCGGAUGACAUGACCACCCCUAACGCCAAGGAAGGCCUCCAAGCUGCCGGAAUCAACUCUAUACUACCUAAAGAACACGGCGCGAAAUUCUACAACCUUCCGAUCGUCAAAUAUUGCGAGAAAGAAAUAUGUGCCAUUGCAUCAUGGGACUCCUCGAUACACGAUUCAGUGCAUUUGAAUCGUGUUACGCCAUCGAAUGAACGGGUGUAUAUGAUUUUGAAAGUUGUUGUUCGGUUGAGCCACCCGGCUUCGAUGGAGCUGGUGCUUCGGAAGAGACUGAGUAUUAAUAUUUACAAGAAGCAGAGCAUGAUGGAUCGGAUGAAGAAGCGCAUGUCGAAGGCGGACUUGCUGACUGCAACUGGCGUUUCCUAUGAAGUCGUCUCCAACAUCCCCAAGGCCUCGGAAGACCUCGAAGAUCGUGAAUCCCUCGCACAAAUGGCCGCCUCCAAGAACGAGGAGUGCCAGGGGUCGGACGGGGAGACGUAUCUGGAGAAAUAUAUCAAGGGAGUGUCGGCAGUGGAGAGUAUACUCACGCUGGAUAAGCUUAGACAGGAGGUGGCCAUCAAAGAGCUCCUGUCAGCAUCCGGGCGGCCAUUACGGAAGACUGCCAGUGUUCCAAAUAUACACGGGAUCGUUAGGUCAGAUUCUUUCCAUCGCGGCUUGGACGAGCAGGUUCGUGCGGAAAGUGUCGCUGACCUUUCAAGGUCAGACCCUCUGACCCCGGAUGGCCGCCGAAGCAGUGAUGGUGGCUCUGACAAGGACAAAUCACCCUCCGCAUUCAGCCUUGGGAAAAAGAAAGCGACAACUAUAUUUAAAAUGCUUAAAACAGUUGUGGAGUUUGGCAACGGCAUGCGAAUCAGACCAGAUGACCCGCGGCUUGGGUUACACGCCCCUGGCCCACUUCGCGCUUUCAACCCCGCAGGCAUGUCCGUUUCGGUCAGUGAACCAGAGAAUAUCGGUUUGCCCCGAUUUGAUGUGCAUAUGGAAGCAGGUUUAUCAGUCACAGAUUGCGAAUUUCCCCCAACAGAAGAAGAGUUGUCAGCGUCACCAAAGAACGUUGUCAGCCCCCAACCGACAAAGUUUGUCAAACCAAUGCGGACACUUCUCGAGGAGCAACACGUCCGUGAAACUAAACCUUUACUCAUUCAAGACUCUGAUGUAAGUCUCCAGCAUGAGUUAUCUUUCUCCGGCGAUGAAUUUGACGAACUCAACAAACAAAAGGCAGAAAAGCCACAGGAUCAGCCAGAGAAUCAAAACACUGUUGCAUCGGACGAUGACUUCACCGAAUUCGAAUCGUACCAAUCACAAACGGAAACUCAAAAUGCAGCGCAAAACACGGCGCAGAAAAUCAUGACUAAUCGUACGGAUAGCAUCACACAUUCGUCGACAACGGAAAGUUUGGUUGAUAUCCAGGCGGUGAAGAGUUUUACACCGAGUAUGACGUCGAGCGGUUACGGGUCGCAGGCUGUUUCGACCUUGACCUUAUCCUCGGAGGAUUCAGCGAGUAUUCGAAGCAUGAGUAUUGACGAGACGCCCGACCAUGCGGAGAAAUCAAAAGAUGGCACUAAUCAUAAAAAAGAUGGCGGCGAACAUGGCGAGGAGGGCGAUACUCCAAAUCUGAUUGAUUUGGCGGUCGCAGAUGAGAAUUUGUCGCUUCCGAUGAAACCAGUUUUACCGGGAAACAAUGAGAUUUCCGGGGGAGAAUCCCAAAUGAAGGGUUCGUCCAGUGAGGCGGACUCGGAAUCAGUUAUUGAGGUUUCUGUUGGGAACAAGGUUGAUUCUGGGAAAGUUGUGGAAAAUUCUGCGAAGGUUGAAAGUUCCGAGAAAAAUAUUGGAAAUUCAGAGAAAAAGUCUGAGGUGGAAUCUGUCGAGAAUGUGAGUGACGUUUCUGUGAAAACUGGUGAGGUUGUUGCAACUGGGGACCAGAAUGGCAAUGAGGGAGAGAGUAAGGUCAAAGGUCAAGGUGAGGGUAAGGUCAAAGGUCAAGGUGAGGGUAAGAAGGUCGAAGCAAUAGACUUGUAUAGCGAAACUGCCAUGGAUGAGCUUGAAGCCCUGGGAGGUGAGAUUAACGAGCCGAAGAAGGAGGAUGGAACGGUGACCGCCAAUAGUAGUGACAGUGGCACUGGCGAUUUGAAGAAAGAAAACAGUGAGGACAGUUUACAGUCGCCGAGGAGCGAGAGUAGUGAUACGGUCACUCAUGGCGAAAUAAAGGACCAUGAAAAAGUAGUGCGUAGGACUAGCGGUGAACGAGUGAGAUUACGCGGAGAUGUGCGUAAAUCGUUAAACCUUGAUCCGCGGGUUACUAACUCCAAGAGGGAGGCCACGCGAGAAAACAGGCGCAGUAUGCCCGAGCAUAAAUUGAAUAAAAUGGCGCCAUCGCCGUUGAAGCCGGGGGCACGAUUACCCGGGUCACAUGACAAUCUCUCCGUGCAGAAGAAAAAAGCAGAGUUGGAAGAGAGUUACGAUAGUGAUUUUAGUUCCAGCAUGCAGUCAUUAGAGGGCGCUCUAAAUGGUGAGAAUGACGUCAGUGGUGUGCAUCGAGGUGUCGAGUCUCCUGAAGGGUAUACUUCUGAUGGUGAAGAUGACGGGGUCAGCCUCUGCUCAUUCGGCAGCCGAGCUGACCUGGAUCGCAUCCACUCCGGCCCCGUGCCAUCUUGGAUCCAAAUUGGUGAGAGCGUCCAAGUGCUGUCAUCGCGAGGCGGACCAAGUCAGAGUGGUAUCGUGAAGUUCAUCGGGCCGACAGAAUUCGCAAGCGGGCCAUGGGUUGGUGUGGAACUGGACCAGCCACAAGGUAAAAAUGACGGCACAGUGAAAGGAGUUCGUUAUUUCAAGGCUCGAUCCCGUAGCGGCAUCUUCGUACGACACGACAAGCUCAUCAUGGACAAGAAACGCCGAAAAGGAUCUGUGAAGACGCCGACCGGAUCCGGUACCAUGCCUGCAGGUCUUCGCCGGAGCAUGGGCAGUCUAUCUGGUUCAAAUUCGCAGCUCACAAAUGCGGGGUCGAGCGGGGGCUCCUACAAACGCCCAAAUUCUUCUCGGAAGAAAUAACGUUGCGUCGACUUUAAUAGUCUUUCAUCCAUCGUUGUUGUGAUCGUUAGUGGAACUUGGUCUUGUUUCAGAGGUAUUAUUCGUGCGCGAUUUCAGUAGCUUAACGUUUGAGUCCGAGGCCGAGGUUUGGAAAGUGUCCCGUAUUGGGUUUCUCUCUCUGGUGUCAACCAUUGUAUAAAGGUCAAGGUCAAGAAGCUUUUAGCUGACCUUGAUUGAGCCUGAACAGUUAUAUCAAAGCACUCGGUCUACGUCACGGUGUGAACGUUUUGUGUACAAAUCUGGUGGCCAUAGAACUUUCCAGAACUCUUCCUCAGAUUUAUAAGCGUUUUUGCUCUAGAGGUGUAAAUUUCUAUUGGUGCAUUUAAUUUUAUACUAGAAUAAUUGUUCCAGUCGUCAAGGUCGUUGCUAGGUGACCUUCGAAGGUCAAUGCUGGAUGACCUUGACCUAAUUGUGAUACUUUUUGUAGUUUUCGCUAAGGUCGUCUGCCUCCGUUUUCUGAUUAACGAAAAUAUUGCUUCUUUGACAAUACGUAUCAGAAACUACUAUUAAAGCAGAUUUCGACAGUUUUGUUCACUUCAAGGUAUAGCGCUAUGUUGCCACACAUGCCCAUAAACAAUAAACUAAUGGAUUUGGAAAACUGAGGCAGGCUGUACCAUGACUGUACAUUCUUGUAGUAACCAUGCACUGCCACUGGAUACAUAACUGCAUGGAUUAGUUCCAGAUCUUCUCACUAGAGGGAUACAAUGAUCAGUAUUGACUUAUGUGGUGUUUGAUUGUAGUUUUCAUUCAUCCUAAUCGGCCAUUUUAGGACAAUGUCACAACCACAAUGCCUGGAUGGGGUCUCUCUUAGGCACAACUGAUGUUCAUAUUCCCUCUAGUGAGACAUUUGGAAACUAGUCUCUAAAAUAGUUGCACUGCUAAAUGCAAUAAAAGGUCGAUGAAGCUCUGUUGGAGAUAUUUAUCUUUGCAGAUUUUGGGUCACAAAGGGUUAUUGGAUUAUCUUGAAUCACUUGUAGAUUAGCUUUUUGUCUUGAUUAACGUAACUCUUCAUCUUCAAUCUGAUAUCAUAACCGGUAAUUAUGAAUUGCAUUUUCUGAGAACUUGCUCAUUCCAUCAUUAUCAAGGAUGGCUGAAUAUUGAGGAAUGAUAUUUACCAUUAAAACUAUCCUCAAUCUCAAAUGAAAGAGUUAGUUUUGAGUAUUCACCUUGGAAUCUCCAAAAUGGGUUGCCGAUCUGCACUAAGGGUGCGAUUCCAGUUGAGCAUUUUCUUCUAUUGAAUGGGCUAGACCUAGAACAGACAUGGUGCAUUGAUAUUCAGUAUUGAAGCAACUUGAAUACCUUUAAACUCCCAUUGAUCAGAAUAACAUUGAGCAAUGUACAUGGAAAUGUACAGUUGAUUCUUGCACUGAGGUUGACACGUAUUGCUACUCAGGUGGCAGUGAAUGAUGGAAUAGCCUCGGGCUUGUAGGCUAGUGAAUAUUUUGUUAGAUAUUUCUGUGCUGUUGGCUUAUAAAUCACAUCGGUCCUCAUUGUAAAUUGCCAUUUGUUAUAGUCUUGAGUCUUCUGCGGUGUUCAUUUUUGAACGAGCAUGAGUGUAUAGUUGUGUUCCGUACGUUAUCCUGGAUAAGCUUUUGACACUUUUGCCUGCUGUAAGUGUGCUCCUGUUUAAAUGUUGUCGCAGGCCGAUAGUAUCAUUCAUAGUUCCGUAAACCAAACCGUUUCAAUGGAAGACCUCCCAUAGAAAAUCCUGUAAUAAGAUGUCAUUUUGUUGUAAAAACCAUGAAAGAGACAGCAGAAGUGCAUUUGCAUCUGUACUCUUUGAUUCCGCUUCAAGCUUGCAUUUUAUACCUGUUCUUGCCAAUCGAGACUGAAGCUGGAUUCUGGUGCAAGCGAAAUCUCAUACUCUGCGAAAAUGCCACUUUUACAGCAGGUCAAAGUCUUUUGGUAAUGAAAAAACAACUCACAUGAUCUUGAAUAUUCGUCUCGACCGAAUAUAACCAGUUUGUACAGAUCGUGUAACAUUUUCUGUGUUAUUGUCUGUUUAUAAAAAAUGUACCGUUAUUGAUGAAAAUACAAGUGCUAUACAUUGUUAUAGUCCACUUCAAAUUGAUAUCAUGCUCUGGAUGUAUAUUUUGCUGAUUUGUGUCAGUAUUAGAUCAAAAUAGGGCGGUGAGGAUGGAUUAGUUUAUCUUGAUUCAUCCUGAAGUGACGUUCCUUCGUAUUUCGAAGACCUGAACAUUUGAGGAGCGCAGUGGAGUCAUCUCCUGUGUGGUUCAUUUCGAGACUACCCUGAGGGUGUGACCCAGGGCUGUGAGAUCAUGAAGUACUUAGGCCUUGUCACCUCUCAUGAGGUACGUUCAGGCAGUAAACAAACAGGAAGAGACAAUGAGGUCUUUUGCUCAACAGCUUGGAAGUCACUCUGUAAGGAACGGAGCAGUCUUUACAGCCAGGUUCGUUUGUUCAAAAGUGAGAGAUUUUCCUUUAUGUAAAUACGCAUUGAAUUUUGAUUUCACACCAAUUGAAAACACUUCUAGGUGUACAAGUUCCUUCUUCCAAACAAGCCUGGCUUUUAGUAAAAGACUGUUUUGGAUGUAAGAAACUGCUUGUUACAGAAUGUUGCUUUAACUUUCUUGUGAACUUUCUCGCCAUGCCAUGUUCGUAUGAUUUUAUGAGUGGUAGUUCAAGUGAUGGUUGAUAGGUGGCAUAGUCGUUAACCUCUUAUGCUUCCAUAACCCAAUUGGUGCGUCGUUGGUAUGGAUGUUGUCCUUCCUGUGUUGCGAUAUUGAGAUUGUGAUAUUGAUUAUGUAACCAUGGUAACUUGUGAAUUGUUUCACAUCCCAAAUAUACAUUCUUGGCUUUAUGUACUGCUGUUGAAUGUUCCGAUAGCAGAAUUGGAAAUUGGCUCUGAAAAUUCCUUAGUUGACUGAUAUUUCUGUGGUAAAUGUAUUUGUAAUGAAUAGUUCAAUUGUCAUUUCUGACAAGGAUUUUCCUCCAAACAUUCCUCAAGUUCCAUUGAAUUCAUUUGCCAAGUUACAAUUAUUUUUUUGUGGAGAAGGUCUUUUCAAAUGUUUGGACGAAGUGAAGGUCACAUCAAGAAUUGAUGUUCUUUACUAUCCUUGGCCACGUGCUACUUUUCACUGUAACUAAUGUACACAAACCACUUCCAAGUGAAGAUGAAAUGAUUCAAAUGUUGAAGUAUUGUCAAGUUUUUUGGACAAAUCUCGGCCCCUGUGCCCAAUAUUGCCUUCCAUGUUUAGGUUUGUAAUUAGAUGCUCUUUUGUUUGCAAGACAAUCAAAUUGAUUGUGCUUUUGUUUAUUAUACUACACUCUGUUACCAAGUCUGUGGACUUACUUCUGUGAUUAUUUUUAUCUGUAUAAACUGUGCAAAAUUCUGUUGAAUCUUGUUUUGGAUUUCAGAAAUGCUUCACAAGGUGUUGCUAUGGCUGAAACAAUGGUUGCUAUGGCAACAUACUUGUUGCCAUGGUUGCAGCUGAAAUAUGGCUACAGCCAUAAUGAAAACUAUAGUUUCUUUGACUGCAUUCAGCUGUAAGAUUGUUGUGGUUGCUAAGGCCGAUAUUGGUAUUGUUGCUAUGUGAGAAACUGUCCAGUUUCGUGACUUACUUGCUUAACAUGGGUCACAAAAUUGUAGAAAAAAUGAUGGAUACUAGAAUCAAAAGUGUGACAAGUUGACCAAACCUCUGAUAUUUCUGUUGAAAUAGUUCCUUUGCUCCUGAAUGCUUCAAGCUUUCUCUGUGCUUUAUUGAAAUUGUUUUAAAGAAUUAUAUGAAAUCAAAAGUGCUACAUUUUGAUAUUGCAGAAAAAACAGGCCGAGGAAGAAGAUGUGUUUCGCCUGCUUUGUAAUAUGGUGCAGUUAAUCCUAGUAGUUGUCAUUUUAUAUCACUGUUUAUAGUAGACAGGCCAUGGUCGUCAGCGUCAGUUUUGUCCCAAUGAAAAAUAUGUAAAUGUCCGUGAAAAUAUUGCAUCUGGGCUGAAAUUACUCGAGGUUAUCUUCACUGUUUGCUUAUAGUGAUGCCGUCACAUGGGGGGACUUUGAACACCUGGCUACAGUUUCGCAUCACAACAUUUCUUUCUUUGUGGUGUUCAAAGUGACCCCAUGUGAUGGUACGCAAUGUUUGAAUGCAGUUGGGUUCACAAUAAGGCCAUUGAAGAUGCCAUCUCACUGCUCUUUGUGAGGAUGUUUACUACUAAUGUUGACUGAAAAGUGACUUGCACAAGGUCACAACCAAAGCCAGUGCCACUUGUGAAAGUACAGUGUAAUAAUUCCUAAACCCCCUUAAGAAGAUCACUGGUUGUAAAGUUGAUUAUUUUUGUCCGUUAUAUUUCAAGCAAAGUCUGAUGUAUUGAUUUGAAAAUAAAAAAAUUAGAGAUUACCUUCAGUCCCAGAUGCAACAGUGAAAAUAGUCAGUUAAUCAGAGUCUGUGUCACCCAUCUGGAGGUCGUCGUCUGUCCAUGAUGUUCAGUCCUUCUACAGGUCUUCAUUGGUCUUAUCCUACGAGAAAUUUAACCCGCAUUGAACGGAGGCUACUAUGAGUGUAAGAGAGUCUAUUGGAGGCUGAUUGGGCUUGUUCAGUUCUACCAUUGAGAAUAUCUUCAGCUGCGUACUCUAAUUCCUGUACUAGUAAAAUGCAGUUGUACCAAGUUGUACGUGCCCAGUUGUAUUGUGAUAGUGGGCAAGACUGGUGGCGACACCUAUUGAUUUUGUGGUGAAAUUUACCUUGACCAUUUUCGCGAUGUUUAGUGGUUAACUGUAGAGUUUUCUCUUAGUACUUCAAGUUCUAAGACCUGAGUGAACUGUACAUCAUGUACACAACGUUGUACAGAUUCAGCAUUCUAGAUAGGGUGAAGUGAAAUAUAUACAAAUGUACAUUGUUGUAUGUAAGUAUAUAGUCAACAAAAAGUGAUUAUUGUGAAAUUUUUACAAAACCUCAAGAUCGGAUUUUAAGUGUGUUGAACCUAGCGGGGAGAAUAUAAUGAUUAUUGUAAUAUUAAGUUAAUUGGUCGCUAAUUAUGGCAAUUGAUUGGUAAUUAAUCAAUUAAAAGAGGUAAUUGAUCUUCCUUUAUUCUUAAAGGGGCACUGAGGUAGUUGAGAGGCGUUCGGACAUGUUUAACACAAUUGGGUGUUGGCUAUCAAAUGGAACAGCCACUGUUCCGGGAGGCUGUUUGUUGAUUGGAAUAGCCGUGACCUUUAACCUCACCCUUUCUGUAACCCUUUGACCCCAUAAGAUACAGGAGCAAAGAUGUGUAAAGUUAUGAUGAUAUUAAGUUAUGAAUAAACGUAAUGACUGGAUUGUA